AUCUACUUCCACUGAAGUCGGAAGGUAAAGGCAUCGUUACCCGGCAUUCAUUGCAAAACCUGGUUGCCCGAGGAACGUUGAUAAGUUGGCAUUGGGGCUAUGGCGCGCUUACAGAAUCACACUGGUGCUGUUCCCUUUGAUCAGACCAUAAUGGAGGCUCUAGAGCUGUUCUGUAAUGCUCCUGAGCAAACUUAUGAGCAGUUUCUGUCCACCUUCACACACCUGACCCCAGACAAUGCGAUGGGGCGACGUUUGAAUGUUCUUAGCGGACAUAACAACACCUCACUUGGAGAAAUGGACAGAAGAGACAGAGAGUGCAUGGCCAGAGGGGUGGAUGCAGUGGAUGAGAGAACAUCUUCCCCCAGAGGACAGCGGAAUCAGAAUGCGCUCAGUGCAGAUCUGGAAGAGUUGGAGCUAGAUGUCCCAGCAGGAAGACUUACCCAUGGAGCGACCUUUCCGUCAGAUCCACCUGGGAAGAUACCUGAUAACUGUCCAGAUGACACGGAGGACCAAGGGAAACCCAUGCAGACCACCAAAGAUGUGUGUGUGCUUCCUGGAGAGGUGGAAGAAGCCCUGCCGGUCUAUACUCUCUCUUUCUGUCAUUAUACACUGCUGGAGCUGUUCUCUGCGGGCUCGGACCACAGGACACACACUCCACAGACUGUUACUGAGUGCCAGAGUGAAGGUGAAGAGGUUGUUCCUUUCUGUCUGGAUGACACCUUUGAUUAUGACAGUGUGGAGCUGCUUCACAGGCACCCCAUCCAAUGCUGCGCCAGUACACCAUCUUGACCUGUAAGUGCCCCUAGUUGGGCAGAAGAGAAAAGUGCCGUUAUGUUAUUUACAAGCUCCCUUGUGUUUUUACAGGGCCACUGAACUGUGAUGGAUUAUGGCUCACCCACCUUAUGUGCUUUUUUUUGUGUGUGUGUGUUUUUUUUUUCAAAAAUUUUUAAACAUUUAAAUUUUUUUUUUUAUUAUUAACAGUGUUCAGCUCAUAAGCAACUGUAAUAGGGGUUGAGGUUGUGCUGCUCUAAUCGGUAUGUUAGCACAGGGCAUUUUCACAAAAAAGCCCAUCCAUGCAUGAAAUACCUGAGCUCGGGCAGCCUGUUAUUGUACAACACCAGGCACACUUUUCUGUAUGCUAGAAACUGUGGCGGGCCACUUUUAGUCCCUCCCACUGAGCAUACUCUUAGGAGAGCAAUUAGGUUCUUGUUGUUACUAGUUGUAUUCCACUAUGCUUUAUUCACUGGAACAAACCGCUUUGCGACUUUUUUUUUUGUUACCAUUUUGUAAGCAUGUGAAAAUCUGAA